AAGGGAUGCAUUAACCCAUUGCCUGUCUUUUUAUUUUAAAAUUCUGCGUAAAAGAAUGGUUGCUAACACUGGACUGCUGUUAUAGGUGGUAGUAUCUGAUGGGAUUCUUAACCUUCUGAGAGGAUAUGAACUUAUACUGGAGGAAAGCAAUACUUCUAAAACAGGGCAGAAUUUUAGUCUAGUCUGUUUGCUUUUCCUCUCGAGGAAGUGGAUAUUUCCUUUGACAUGUGAGACCAGAUUGUUGCCUACAUUUCAGCUGAAUGCCAGUGGAAGUUAAUGGACUUUGCUACAGAAUACAAAAUAUGCAUCCAUUAAUACGAGUCCUAGGAAGAAUAUCUAGUGUGUAUAGUUAACAGACAUACAAGAAGGCAACAGUGGUUUUAAGUGAUAAAAACAUUUUUAUCAGGUCAGAAUAUGGCACCAAGAAAGCGAUCUGGUCGGGGGAUGUCUGCCAUAUUCUGCUGCUUCCGAGGUAGUGAUCAUCCUGAGAUCACAUACAGGCUAAGAAAUGGCAGCAACUUUGCCUUGCCAACAAUUGAGCCAGCAUGGCCCAUGCCGCCGGUUGAGGAAUUGGAUGUCAAGUUCACUGAACUGGUGGAUGAACUUGACCUCCCAGAUAAACACAGAGAAGCCAUGUUUGCACUUCCUGCAGAGAAGAAAUGGCAGAUAUACUGCAGUAAGAAAAAGGAACAAGAAGAGAAUAAAGGAGCCACAAGUUGGCCUGAGUUUUACAUUGACCAGCUGAACUCGAUGGCUGCAAGAAGAACAUUAUUAGCUUUGGAACAGGAAGAUGAGGAAGAACGAAGUAAAACAAUAGAAAGUCUAAAGACAGCACUUAGAACACAACCUAUGAGGUUUGUAACCCGGUUUAUUGACUUAGAUGGCUUGACAUGCAUUCUAAACUUUUUAAAAAGCAUGGACUAUGAGAUUUCAGAGUCUCGAAUACAUACCUCGCUAAUAGGAUGCAUCAAAGCACUAAUGAAUAAUUCUCAGGGUAGAGCGCAUGUCUUGGCCCAUCCUGAGAGCAUUAAUGUAAUUGCUCAGAGUUUGAGCACAGAGAAUAUCAAGACAAAGGUAGCCGUGCUGGAGAUCAUGGGUGCUGUGUGCCUGGUACCUGGAGGUCACAGAAAAGUACUGGCUUCUAUGUUGCACUAUCAGAAGUAUGCAAGUGAAAGAACACGAUUUCAGACUUUAGUCAAUGAUUUGGACAGAAACACAGGAAGAUACAGAGAUGAGGUCAGCCUUAAGACAGCAAUUAUGUCAUUUAUUAAUGCAGUCCUAAGUCAAGGUGCUGGAGAGGACAGUCUUGACUUCAGACUCCACCUUAGAUAUGAGUUUCUGAUGCUAGGAAUCCAGCCAGUCAUUGACAAAUUAAGAGGACAUGACAACUCAACAUUAGACAGGCAUCUGGAUUUCUUUGAAGUGCUUCGAAAUGAAGAUGAGUUGCAAAUUUCAAGGAAGUUUGAUACGAUUCACAUAGAAACAAAAAGUGCUAACCAGAUGUUUGACCUCGUACGAAAGAAGUUAAGCCAUACGGAAGCAUACCCUCACUUUAUGUCUAUCCUUCACCACUGUCUCCAAAUGCCAUAUAAGAGAGGUGGCAGUACUGUGCAGUAUUGGCUGUUACUCGACAGAAUUGUUCAGCAGAUAGUUAUCCAGAAUGAUAAAGGGCUUGAUCCUGAUGUCUCACCGCUAGAAAAUUUCAAUGUGAAGCACGUGGUCAGAAUGCUUGUUAAUGAAAAUGAAGUCAAACAGUGGAAGGAGCAAGCAGAGAAGAUGAGGAAAGAGCACAAUGAACUACAGCAGAAGUUUGAAAAGAAAGAGAGGGAAUGUGAUACCAAGACACAGGAGAAAGAGGAAAUGAUGCAAACACUAAAUAAAAUGAAAGAAAAACUAGAAAAAGAGUCAUCAGAACACAAGGCUGCUAAACAACAAGUGGCUGAUCUAACAACCCAGAUCCAUGACCUUAGUAUGAGAGCAAUCCAAGCUGCUGUUCCGAGUGGGCCUUCAGGACCACCUGGAGCACCUGGUGGCCCUCUUCCUCCUCCACCACCAGGUGGAGGACUGUUACCUCCACCUCCACCCAUGGGAGUACCGCCUCCUCCACCUCCCCCACCACCUCCUGGAGGUCCCCCGCCUCCUCCUGGACCACCUCCAUUGGGAGGUAUGCCUCCACCUCCAGGAGCACCACAAGGACUUGCAUUGAAGAAAAAAAACAUUCCAGAGCCCAAGAAUCCACUGAAGUCAUUCAACUGGUCCAAGCUGCCUGAGAAUAAGCUUAUUGGCACUUUAUGGUCUGAUGUUGAUGAUGUAAGGGUCUUCAAAGAGCUAGAUCUUCAGGACAUAGAAAGGACAUUCUCUGCUUAUCAGAGACAGCAGGACUUCUUUGGGAACACUAAUGGCCGACAGAAAGAGGUGGAUUCCAAUGAUGAUACAUUGAGUUCUAAGCAGAAGAUCAAGGAACUUUCCGUAAUUGAUGGCAGAAGAGCUCAGAACUGCAAUAUUCUUCUUUCCAGGUUAAAAUUGUCCAAUGAAGAAAUCAAGCGUGCAAUUUUGUCAAUGGAUGAGCAAGAAGAUUUGCCCAAGGACAUGUUGGAGCAGCUGCUGAAGUUUAUUCCAGAAAAGAGUGACAUUGACUUACUGGAAGAACACAAACAUGAGCUGGAUCGUAUGGCCAAAGCUGACAGAUUCCUCUUUGAAAUGAGCAGAAUAAGUCACUAUCAGCAGAGACUUCAGUCCUUGUACUUCAAAAAGAAGUUUGCAGAGAGAGUAGCGGAGGUGAAACCAAAAGUUGAAGCAAUCCGGUCUGCAUCCAAAGAAUUGUUGCAGAGCAGGAGCCUAAAGCAGCUUCUAGAAGUUGUCUUGGCAUUUGGAAACUACAUGAACAAGGGCCAGAGAGGAAAUGCAUAUGGUUUCAAGAUUUCUAGCUUAAACAAAAUCGCAGAUACCAAGUCUAGCAUAGACAAGAACAUUACCCUUUUGCACUAUUUGAUAACUGUUCUGGAGAAGAAAUAUCCAAAGGUGGUUAGUCUUCAUGACCAGCUGUCUAGUAUAUCUGAUGCAGCAAAAGUCAAUAUGACCGAAUUAGAAAAAGAAAUCAACACACUGAGAAGUGGACUAAAAGCUGUGGAAAGUGAGAUGGAAUACCAGAAAUCACAACCACCAGUGCCAGGCGAUAAGUUUGUUUCUGUUGUUGGCCAGUUCAUUACUGUGGCUGGUUUCAGCUUUUCCGAUGUAGAAGAUCUCCUUGUAGAAGCAAAAGAAUUGUUUUCCAAAGUAGUGAAAUACUUUGGUGAAGAUCCUUUGAAGAUGCAGCCUGAUGAAUUCUUUGGCAUAUUUGACCAGUUUAUUCAGGCAUUUGCAGAGGCCAAGCAAGAAAAUGAGAACAUUAGGAAGAGAAAAGAAGAGGAGGAACGACGAGCACGAAUGGAAGCACAGCUCAAGGAGCAGCGUGAAAGAGAAAGGAAAUCCAGGAAGGCAAAAGAAAAUAGUGAGGAAGGAGGAGAGUUUGAUGAUUUAGUAUCAGCGUUACGUUCUGGUGAAGUUUUUGACAAAGACCUUUCCAAACUAAAGCGGAACCGCAAACGAAUUAACAGCCAGGUGACAGAGAAUACCCGAGAACGUCCUGUCACAAAGCUGAACUGUUAACUUCAUGUAAUGUGUACAUUUUAAAAGUGUGCUGACUGGAGAAGUUGCCUUUUUUGAAAUGGCGAGCAGGUAUUUCAUUAUACAGCCUCUAAGCCUAGCAAUUGACUGCCUCCCUGUAAAGCUGGAUUGCUACUGCUUCUUCUUGAUCCCUGUCGUAGGACAGCAGUUGCAGUUUCUUUGCUGCUGAAGCACAUUAUCAUGUCUGUCUGAAAACAGGCAUGAAACAUUCCUUGGCAUAGUGAAACUAAACAUUCUGAAUAUUUCCACUUUUUUAACUUAAUCCUGGGACUGCAUGGAUCAAGUUGUGCACUGAUGCAUCUGUCUGGAGCACAGAAGAGGACAAUUGGUUGAAUUUUUAGUGUAAUGGACUGUACUUAGUGAUGUCGGUGCAUCGGUGAUGCUUUGUAGGACCAAUGUUGCCAUCCUGGCCUUAGACUGGAGCAUACAAGACAGCGGACCAUUUAAACAGCCUGCUGCAGGCUGUCAUUGAAGAUGUUUAAUGCCCAAACGUUGUGCCAGUUCUUAGGAAUUCUUUGUCCUUGUGAUGUAAUUUUUUUUUUAAUUAAUUUGAUUUGAGACUGGUGUUUUAUGCUUUUGAUGGUAGAUCUUACUGGAGCCCAGUGGAUGAAUGUGUACUUAAUUUAAUAAUAGUAAUCCCCAACACUGUAAUGAUCCUUAUUUGUAAUAGGAUCUAAGCAGCGAACAUUGCUGUCUCUGCUUUUGGAUCCACUCAGGCCUGUUUAAUUUAAAAUAGCCAGAGUUGCAGUAGCAAAAAGUAGGCAGUACUUCUGAAAACAUGCCGUAAGUGUUAUGUAUCACCUAUGCCAGAAUUUUCACUGGAGGCAAACAGAGACUGACUAGAAAUCUCAUUUGUUUUUUAUGCAUUAGUGCCACAUUUGUAACAAAUGCUUCCUAAAGCACUGCAUUUCUGUAAAAAAAAUGUAAAAUGCUCAGGGAGACCUUAGUUCUGGGAAUAAUAAUUGAAAAGCUACAGUGAAAAUGUUACAUUACACUUAGCAGUAGCAUUCGUAUAGAGCUAGCACACGUUUAAAUUAUGCAGUGCAUUUCACAGACUGUUAAAUUUUAUUUAUUUUAUGUUUUUCUUUAGUACUAUUUUAUCCUUCAUACUGUGAUGUUUUAUCCUGUGGAAUGGGUAGCUCUUGUAAUGUCCCUCUAAAACCAAGCCACAGAAAUGUGGUCACAGCAGAAUAAAGUGCUUUUAGACCUAAAGGGGUUUGAGGUGUGGUGUAUCUGAUUUAUGUACUGUAAAAGCAGAAUUUUGCUACUAGUUGUGUAAAAACAAAUUUCAUAUUUCAUCCAAAAAGAUAUGUUGUGUAAUUGUACCACAGACAGUAGUAGACAGCUGGUAUUGAAAACAAGAGCUACACAUGUUGCUUAAGGGUGUAUGCUAUGUUUGGUUUGUACAGAAAUUCUUUGAACCUCAUUACACACUGUAAAUUUUAAUGUUUUAUAAGUUAUACACAUAAUUAGAUUUUCUAAACCAGCAGUAAAUACAAAGAAUAGAUGAGACAUAACACGGCACCAAAAAUCUGACAGCAGCUGUAAAGCAGAGUGCAAUAAACUUUACUCUUGGUGAGAAACUGUGUAACUGUUAAAGCCCUCAAUGAAUAAUGCUAUAUUUUGGUAACUCUGUGUGUUAACCAAAGUGCCUAUGUCAAGGGAUUUAAUAGUAGUGGGCUAAUUUUGGUAAACCAAAUUUAGAAACAUUCAGCCUGUGAAAAUAUUUUAAAUUGUACAGAUUAAGUUAUAGGCCUGUUGUACAUCCAGUCAGUAGUGACUGGGUAUAAAUAGUGAACAUUUUACAAAAUGUAUACUUUGUUGCUCUGUAUUGUUUCUUGCCCUUUCAGAGCUUUUCAUAAUAACCUGCUUGACAGGUUCUUCUGUCCUUUUUUUGUUCUAAAGAAAAAAAAAACAUGAAAAUAUGUGAAGGCAAUUCCAUGUGCCACUGUUAUGCUUUUAGACUGGUGCUAGAAUAGACAGAUGCUGUUUUGUUGGUGGGUGUAUUUUAGAGAUUUGUAAUAACGCCAUUAAGUUGAAAGUGUAAUAAAUUGUAAAAUGAGAUAUGCUUUACAGACAUUGUUAGCCAGGUAGAUUUAGCAAAUUAGUUUUAAACAAUUGUUAUGGACACAGAUGCUGUAUAUGUUUUGUGCCAUAAGGCAUUAAAAGAUGGCAAUACCCAAUAAAACAGAAAUAUUUGGAUGACACCAUA